AUGGCCGGCAGUCUGACCCGCCAAGGAUCCCCCAAUCCCGGCUACAGCUCCAACAACGCGGUCCCAGUCAUCACCCAGACGGACUCCAGGGACAAAUGGAGCAAAAAGAUGGAUUUUCUCUUAUCUGUCAUAGGUUUUGCGGUGGACCUGGGAAAUGUUUGGAGAUUUCCAUACGUAUGUUAUCAAAACGGUGGUGGUGCUUUCCUUAUUCCCUACAUUUUGAUGGCCAUCUUUGGUGGUGUGCCGCUCUUUUACAUGGAGUUGGCACUGGGACAGUUCCACAGAACCGGAGCCAUAUCCAUAUGGAAACACAUCUGUCCCAUUUUCAAAGGUAUAGGAUAUUCCAUUUGUAUAAUCGCCCUCUAUGUGUCCUUCUACUACAACACCAUCAUUGCCUGGGCCCUCUUCUACUUCUACUCCUCUUUCUCCACCAUCUUGCCUUGGACAAACUGUGACAAUGCGUGGAACACCCCCGAUUGCACCAACUAUUUUGGGAUUGACAACGUCACCUGGACGAAUUCCUCCAGGUCUCCGGCAGAGGAAUUUUACACGAGGAAUGUUCUUGAGAUCCACAAGUCCGAUGGGCUGAAAAAUGUCGGGGGUGUUCGCUGGCAGUUGAUGCUCUGCCUUUUUCUCAUCUUCACCAUUGUUUACUUCAGCCUCUGGAAGGGCGUGAAGACUUCAGGCAAGGUAGUGUGGGUGACUGCUACCUUCCCCUACAUUGUGCUUUUCAUCCUGCUCAUUCGAGGCGCCACUCUGCCAGGAGCUUGGAGAGGAGUGGUGUUUUACCUGAAACCCCAGUGGGGGAAGCUGCUGGAGACCAGUGUGUGGGUGGACGCUGCUGCUCAGAUAUUCUUCUCUCUGGGACCAGGGUUCGGGGUGCUCCUGGCUCUCUCCAGCUACAACCCGUUCACAAAUAACUGCUAUCGUGACGCCAUUGUGACCAGUUUGGUGAACUGUCUGACCAGCUUCGUGUCAGGGUUUGUGAUCUUUACAGUGCUGGGCUAUAUGGCAGAGAUUAGGAAGGUGGAGGUGGAGGAUGUAGCGAAGGACAAAGGACCAAGUUUACUAUUCAUCACUUACCCAGAAGCCAUCGCAAACAUGAUGGGCUCAACCUUUUUCGCAAUCAUCUUUUUUGUGAUGAUGAUCAUGCUGGGACUGGACAGCACGUUUGGUGGGCUGGAGGCCAUCAUCACUGCUGUGUUGGAUGAAUACCCAGAGCAUUUCUCUCAGAGACGGGAACUUUUUGUUCUGGGCUUGGUAGUUGUCUGCUUUUUGGGCUCUCUAAGUACCCUUACAAAUGGUGGUGCCUACGUGGUAAAGCUGCUGGAAGAAUUUGGAGUAGGAUGCUCCAUCAUAGCUGUGGGUUUCCUUGAGGCGAUUGCAGUUUCCUGGUUCUACGGUAUCAAAAGAUUUAGCAGUGAUAUUGAGUCCAUGUUGGGCAAAUCUCCAGGAUUAUUCUGGAAGGUGUGCUGGGUUGCCAUCAGUCCAGCAUUUUUAGCGUAUAUCAUAGUGAGCUCUCUGCUGAAAGCGCCGCCCCUCACGCUGUUCGACUAUAAGUACCCUGACUGGAGCAUCACGGUAGGAUAUUUCAUUGGCCUCUCAUCCUUCAUGUGGAUCCCCAUCUACAUGGUCUACAAGCUGGUGUGGACUCCUGGAUCUCUCAAACAGAGGUUGGCAGUUUGCCUCAGACCAGAGAGGACCAUACCAGACAUCCAUGCUGACAGCCUCAACAUGGCUACUGUGCCAUAG